AUGCCACGGCCAUCGCGUAAGGUUCAACGCGAAACAUCGCUAUCUAAAAAGAAGGUCCACGAACGGAUAAGACAAACCCUUAAAGGUAGGAAGACUAAGACCAAAGAACAGGAGAAGGAGGAACGGCAAAACGAGGUGGAAAGCUGGCGAGUCAUAUUGUACAACGACGACAUACACAGUUUCUCAUACGUUACGGAGUCACUGGCCAACUGCGUGCCGCAACUGACAAUAGCAAAGGCACACCUGCUGACUUUGCAGGCCCACAAGACGGGACAAGCCGAAAUACUGAGGACCUGGAAGGACAAGGCUGAGCAGUACUGCCGAGGUGAGAUAUCGACUAGAGAUACCCCUUACUAA